AUGUUCACAACAAAUAUUAGAGAUUCUGACUUCCCAGAUGCUUUGGACACAAUUUUCGAACAAGGUGAAUGUCGCGAAUCCAUGUCAUCUAUUCCAGAAGAAUCAGUUAACUUCGUCAGUCACUUUGUGCCUGGAAAACACUCGAUUGAACCUCCCAUUCUUGCACAAGCUUUCUUCAUCGACUCCUCUUCGGCUGAGUUGAAGGUUCGCAUCCACGAAUUGAUUCAAAGAUAUCUCGUCUCAAUACAGACACAUGAGUUUGAUGGCUAUGAGGUAUGGAAAAUCGGAUUUCUCAUGUGUGUAAUACUAGCAAUGCAAUAUCAGAAACUUCUUUUUCGCCCAAAGCACAUUUUGUCAGCCUUUUUCAUUAUUGAAGCCAACGGAAAUUGUGUUUCCUUCUGGCUUAUACUCCAAAAGUUUGUUUUCCCCGUUUCAAUGCGUUUGCCAUUGGACGACUCAAUUAUUUCCAUUUAA